GAGUAAACUAGUAAAUCCUCUUCUGCACACGUAGAACUUUCUUCUACUUGUAUAGCCAGUACUACUAACUUUCCACUUUAACUGAGCUAGAAAAAUCUUUUUUUGUAUAAAUAACCACUUCUUGAGAUUUAUUUCCUCAAGCACAUUUUCUAUUGAGAAAAAUCUGAAAUAGAAGUGGGGGAAGAGAGAGAGAGGGGGGUCAUGAUGGCAAGUAUAAGAGAACUUUACUUUGUUUUCAUGAAAUAUGAUCCAGAAUAUGAGCGCCUUAAAUCCAACAGAACGAAGAAGGGAAUUAGCCAAGAGCUUGAUGUGUACUUGUGCAAGAAGCAUGAUGAGUUGUUAGAAAAUACCCUUGAGCCAGGCAGCUACAACAAGACAAUGUCCUUAGUUAUCGUUGAUGGCUUUGCUGUAGAAAUCACCGAUGAUCAGGCUAAUGUGCUUCGAUCUGCAAAAGACGUGAGGGUUGUGGAGAAAAACCAAGAAUUGGCAUAAUGCAGGCCAAUAUUAGGAUUUGAGGCGUUUGAAUUAUUUCUUGCUACUAAAUGGAAUUUAGAAAAAUAAAAUUAGAAAAAAACAUAUGGGGGGUGGGACAAGAAUAUUGCGUUAGUAAAUGCUUGGUCUUAUGGGACGACAAAGCAUAUAUAUUUUAUAUAUAUGAAGUCAUUAAUAUUGUACUUUAGAUAAUAACUGCUCUCUCAACUUAACCCCAUCCCCGCCCCCCAACCCCACUCUCCCAACCACGGCCAUGUAUUUACUUUUUAUUCUACCUGUCUCAAAUUAUCUGUCGUGAUUAUAAAAAUCAUUGUCUCAA